AUGCCACCAUCUCCGGCCGAAGGCACAGACGGCUCCAAGACAUGGAAGGCAGCACAUCUUUUCGAAGAGAGCGAUGCCGAGCGCUGGCCCAAGAUCCACCAGCACUUGAACCAGAACGAGUUUCGAGCGGCCAUCACCACGGCCUUUGAAUUGCCGCCAGGCGACAGCUUCACGUAUCAUGCAUCUGCCAGCGUGAAUCUGGCACAGGUCGAAGCAGCAAUCCAUGCGGGGCGAGCGAACGGGCUACAUGCAUGGUACAUUGAGCGUAUCGACGACCAGCCUGCCGGGAAUGGCCAACUUGCCAGUGAUGCAACAAGCCCCAAUAAUGACACCCCCAAUUCGAACGACGACAGAAGAAUCCCCGGCCAACCCUCGCUCCGGAUCGUGGGCUAUCCUCCACCAAACGACAUUCAAGCAUACAUCUCACUCUUUGACCCCACCAAGUCGGCGGCCAACAGUCUCAAAUCGCUGGGCGCAAAUGCCAAAAAGGACUCCAUCCGCGCCUCUGUGGCCGACUAUCUCCUCAGCAAGCGCUACCUAGACAAGUCCAUCGUUGUGCCGAAGUACAAACUGCAAGCCUCGACAACCGUGCCGCCUCAGUCUCCUAACAUCGACCCCUCGGGCAACUUGAACAACAACAAUAAUGACUCAGCAGCUGGCCGUUCUUCUGCCAGCAGUUCCACCACGUCAUCAGCAGGGCACCCGAAUCCAGCACUAGAUUUCUGGGCCUAUGCGUGUCAUGCACUUGAAUAUGCCGGGCCCAACAAGAACACCGCGUUGGUCAGAUCUGCACACCACAUGCUGCCGGUCUACAUGCACCAUUUCGGUUGUGUAGUGCCGUCAUGGGAGGCAUUGCAGGUCGUGGCGAAGCUGGCUCAACAACACCACAAAAGUACAUUUGCCUCCUUUCAAUCGGGAUCUCGGUCGGGGGCUUCUGCUUCUCUUGCCGGCGGUGGCAGUGGCGCCGUGCUUGACAUGGGUAGCGGGAAUGGGUACUGGACGCUGAUGCUACGCCGAUUGAAUGCAAAUUUGGAUGUGAUCGCAGUGGACAGCGGGCAAAGCCGGUGGCGGACGACGUGGAUCCCGGACACGGUGGUCGCCGAUGGCAUCCAGUACCUGCGCAAAAGGAGCGGCUGUCCCGACCGCGUGCUGUUGCUGGUUUACCCGAUUGUUGGGGGCGAGUUUACACGCAAGGUCCUGGACGCAUAUACCGGUGGCGUGGUAUGCGUGGCUGGCACACAGAAUGGCAACGGCUACACCGGCUUCAAGGACAUGAUGAUUGAUGAGUAUAUGGCGAGGCACAGGCCGGAUUGGGAGAAAGUCUGCCAGAUUCCACUGCCUAGUUAUGCCGGAAAGGAUGAUGCUCUGUUCGCAUUCCGGCGGAAGAGCGAUGUGAGUAAUGAUUGA